AUGAACGCCAGGGCAGACGAAAUCAGGCCAGAUGAACGCCAGGCCUCCAUUUUUAUGGAACAUCGAAUGCAUCUUCGCCAGAGUGUACUUGGCUCCAGUACUCUUCGUGGCGACUGCCUCUCCUUCUCCGUCUGCUCACUCAACACAUUUUCUCACGAGUGUCAAGAAUUCGAAAAUAAUUUGCCUAGUCAAAUUUUCCUCUUAGAUCUUAUGCCUCAUCCUUGCCUCCGUCCCACUGACACUCAGAAGGCGUGCCCAGCCGUCCCACAGACACUCAGAAGGCGUGCCCAGCCAUCCCACAGACACUCAGAAGGCGUGCCCAGCCGUCCCACAGACACUCAGAAGGCGUGCCCAGCCAUCCCACAGACACUCAGAAGGCGUGCCCAGCCGUCCCACAGACACUCAGAAGGCGUGCCCAGCCGUCCCACAGACACUCAGAAGGCGUGCCCAGCCGUCCCACAGACACUCAGAAGGCGUGCCCAGCCGUCCCACAGACACUCAGAAGGCGUGCCCAGCCGUCCCACAGACACACAAGGCGUGCCCAGCCGUCCCACAGACACUCAGAAGGCGUGCCCAGCCGUCCCACAGACACACAGAAGGCGUGCCCAGCCGUCCCACAGACACACAGAAGGCGUGCCCAGCCGUCCCACAGACACUCAGAAGGCGUGCCCAGCCGUCCCACAGACACACAGAAGGCGUGCCCAGCCGUCCCACAGACAAUCAGAAGGCGUGCCCAGCCGUCCCACAGACACACAGAAGGCGUGCCCAGCCGUCCCACAGACACACAGAAGGCGUGCCCAGCCGUCCCACAGACACACAGAAGGCGUGCCCAGCCGUCCCACAGAUAGAAGGCGUGCCCAGCCGUCCCACAGACAGAAGGCGUGCCCAGCCGUCCCACAGACACUCAGAAGGCGUGCCCAGCCAUCCCACAGACACUCAGAAGGCGUGCCCAGCCGUCCCACAGACACUCAGAAGGCGUGCCCAGCCAUCCCACAGACACUCAGAAGGCGUGCCCAGCCGUCCCACAGACAGAAGGCGUGCCCAGCCGUCCCACAGACAGAAGGCGUGCCCAGCCGUCCUACAGACAGAAGGCGUGCCCAGCCGUCCCACAGACAGAAGGCGUGCCCAGCCGUCCCACAGACAGAAGGCGUGCCCAGCCAUCCCACAGACACUCAGAAGGCGUGCCCAGCCGUCCCACAGACAGAAGGCGUGCCCAGCCAUCCCACAGACAGAAGGCGUGCCCAGCCAUCCCACAGACACUCAGAAGGCGUGCCCAGCCGUCCCACAGACAGAAGGCGUGCCCAGCCGUCCCACAGACAGAAGGCGUGCCCAGCCGUCCCACAGACAGAAGGCGUGCCCAGCCGUCCACAGACAGAAGGCGUGCCCAGCCGUCCUACAGACAGAAGGCGUGCCCAGCCGUCCCACAGACAGAAGGCGUGCCCAGCCGUCCCACAGACAGAAGGCGUGCCCAGCCGUCCCACAGACAGAAGGCGUGCCCAGCCGUCCAACAGACAGAAGGCGUGCCCAGCCGUCCAACAGACAGAAGGCGUGCCCACCUGUCCCACAGAUAGAAGGCGUGCCCAGCCAUCCCACAGACAGAAGGCGUGCCCAGCCGUCCCACAGACAGAAGGCGUGCCCAGCUGUCCCACAGACACUCAGAAGGCGUGCCCAGCCGUCCCACAGACACUCAGAAGGCGUGCCCAGCCGUCCCACAGAGAGAAGGCGUGCCCAGCCGUCCCACAGACACUCAGAAGGCGUGCCCAGCCAUCCCACAGACACUCAGAAGGCGUGCCCAGCCAUCCCACAGACACUCAGAAGGCGUGCCCAGCCAUCCCACAGACACUCAGAAGGCGUGCCCAGCCGUCCCGCAGACACACAGAAGGCGUGCCCAGCCAUCCCACAGUCAGAAGGCGUGCCCAGCCGUCCCACAGACACUCAGAAGGCGUGCCCAGCCAUCCCACAGACACUCAGAAGGCGUGCCCAGCCAUCCCACAGACACUCAGAAGGCGUGCCCAGCCGUCCCACAGACACUCAGAAGGCGUGCCCAGCCAUCCCACAGACACUCAGAAGGCGUGCCCAGCCAUCCCACAGACACUCAGAAGGCGUGCCCAGCCGUCCCGCAGACACACAGAAGGCGUGCCCAGCCAUCCCACAGUCAGAAGGCGUGCCCAGCCAUCCCACAGACACUCAGAAGGCGUGCCCAACCGUCCCACAGACAGAAGGCGUGCCCAGCCAUCCCACAGACACUCAGAAGGCGUGCCCACCUGUCCCACAGACAGAAGGCGUGCCCACCUGUCCCACAGACAGAAGGCGUGCCCACCUGUCCCACAGACAGAAGGCGUGCCCACCUGUCCCACAGACAGAAGGCGUGCCCAGCCGUCCCAGACAGAAAUGUGUCAUAAUUCUCUGUAAAUCGAAGGGGGGCAGAGCUGGUUGAACAAAACUUUAAAAAAUACUCCAACAAAUACUAAUACAAAUAAUUAUUAUAAUUAUGGUAAUAAUGAUAUUAAUAAUAAUUGUAAAAUAAUAAUAAUAAAAUAACAAUAAAAAAUAAUAAAUGGGAAAAAAUAUUAAUAAUAAAUAUUUGUGCGUGUUUGCAUAUACGCCUCUUGAUCUCACUUGAGUUUGUGUGGAUGUGAAGUUUCGCGCCGUCCCCCCUCCUCUCUUUUCCCCCCUUUCUUGUUAGGCUUUAUUAAUACUUUGGUCCGGUGAAGGGGAAUGAUGUGUGUGUGUGUGUGUGUGUGUGUGUGUGUGUGUGUGUGUGUGUGUGUGUGUGUGUGUGUGUGUGUGUGUGUGUGUGUGUGUCAAAGCCAGGUCUUACGACCUGAUUCAUCAACGGACAACCUAAAGGUUGGAAUCAGUCUCAUUGUGUGAAUAUGUCAACCUUACGAACUACUUAAAAUUAUAAUCAUUUUUUUCUACAAUUAUAUAUAUACCCUGUGAUAGUGAGUGUCUACGAUACCUUUGUCUACUAUUCAAGGAAUUGUAAUAUACAUAUAUUCAUAUAUAGGUCUAUUGUCUAGUCCAACAUACAAUUACUUCAGAAUAAAACAUGUAAUCCGGUCAA